AUGAAUUCAGAUUUGAACACUUACCAAACAAGUGAACAUCGAAAUACAUCCAUCACCAUUGAUACCUCCCAACCUCUUCAAACCAUAGUCUCGAGUUCCACUAAAAUUCCAUUAAACUUUGAAGAUUCAACUCUCCUCCACUCUGAUUCCGCCUACCGUACCUUUUCCAAUGCAUUCUAUUUAGAUAUGAAAGACAAACUUGUCAACCUGCCAGCCUAUCAAGCUCUACAAGGUGUAUGGUCACCAUCCUCUAAAAUAGAUCCAUCCAAAUUUAAUCUAGUCUUUACUGUGCCUAUUUUUGAUGCCAAUAAUUUGCAACUCUAUGGAAUAACCCAGGUGGAAUAUCCCUUACAAGCUUUGGCUCAUUUAAUGAGGACAUUUACUUAUCAAUCAAAGGGUUACAUUGUUCUUUCAGAUUUGAACACUGAAAAAGUGGUUAUUAGUUCUCUUCCAGAUUCUUACACUCUUAAAUCGAUCUAUGAUAUUAAGGAACUGAACAUUGGUAAACUAAUGACGUAUCUCAAACAGAAUUCCUUCCUCGAUUUCAAUUCUGAAAUCUCAGUCAGCGGAGUUGAAUUUGAGGGGCUGGUCUACAAUAUGCUCAAUACAAAAUUCUCCUACAAUAACGUUAACUUAGGGAUGACCAUUGUAUUGGUCGAUGAUUCGGUUCAAGAAUUCCACAAUGAUACCCUGUACUUGGCUAUUUGUAUUUCAGUUGGUUAUGUAGUAAUUGGACUUGUAAUGGCUAUUAUUUUAGGGUUCUUAAUUUCGAAACCUCUCAAAGCAUUGAGUGUUGAGUUUGGUCACAUUAAGCACAUGGACCUUGAGAAGGUUAGACAACACUUUUCAAUGUUUGGUGAAUUCCAAGUUCUCUUCCAAAAGUUGGAUGAAAUGGUUGUUUGGUUGAAUGAUGUUCGUUCUUUCAUUCCUAACAGUAUCUUGAUGGAAAUUAGAGGUGAUUCAAUUGACAAUGAUGUUACAGAGACUGAAAUUGUUACGACAAACAUCAAUGUAAAAGACAAAUUAGCAGAGACCAAAGGAAGAGCAAGUAGUGAAAUUCCAGAAAACUCAAUCGCUAACAUUGCAAAGGGGUUCAAGACCUAUCAAGAAUACUCAGUUUUGUAUAUGCGUAUCAUGGACUUGGAAUCAUUAACAGUUACCGAGAGAGCAUUCUACUUUGAAAAGGUUCUUGAAAUUUCAUCAAAGAUUGCAAAGAAAAACAAUGGUGAUAUCCAAUUAUUGGAUAUUAGCAGAAUACGUAUUUACUAUUGUGAUCCAAAUAAUGAAAAUGCCUCCAAAAAGGUGAUUACAAUGGCUUUGAAAAUUUUGAGUGUUGUUGCUGAUUUUAGCUCAACAAUGGAGCAACAAGGAAAGUUGCCGUGCAACUUGAUAAUUUCAAUCUCUACGCAGAAGGCUCUCGUUGGUAAUAUUGGUACUAGGGAGCAUAGAAUCCACACCAUUGUUAGUAGAUCCAUUUCAUUGUGUGAACAAAUGAUGCUCAUCGCCAAAUCAUUGAAUAUUUCACUUAUUGUAGAUUCUAACUCUUGUGCUGCAAACUUGGGAAACUAUGUUUAUAGGCCAGUUGACAGAAUUUCAGUGGAAGACGAUUUGAUGGUUAUUUAUGAAAUCUUUAGAGAAAAUCAAGUAAAUGACCAAGAAUGGAUGUACGAACUGGAUCAAAAGGAAAAGAAUAGUAGCUACAAUGAAUAUCAAAGUGCAUUCCAAACCUUAUUGAAGGGAGGACCCAAAAUUGAAGAGUACCGUGAAGCCAUCUUGAAAGUUAGACGAUUCAAAGGAUCUAAUGGUUUUGAUCGAGAUCUUACUGCUGACCAUCUAAUCUUUAUGCUGGAAAGAGUUUCUGAAAGUUGUGAGAGAGGCCUUUCUGAAAAGUUGAGCCCACAAUUCACUUCAUCCUAUCAAUAUUGUUCCAGAAUAUAUACAGAAUGGGAAAAUAAGUUUGGUAUGGAUGUGCUGAAAAUUAGACCAGUUGAAAUUGUCAAUAAUAAAUAA